AUGCAUCAUCCUUCAAAACAGAUCAAACUGUGUUUCUUUGAAACAGCAUGUACAGGGAAUCAUUUGAGCCCCGGACAAUGGAGGGACCCAAAUGAUAACUCGCGCUCGAAAGACCGGAUUGAGUAUUGGCAAAACGUGGCACGACUCGCUGAAAAGGGCAAGAUACUCGCCGUCUUCUUCGCCGACGCCUACGGUCAACACACCAUCUAUGGCAGCAAUUCCGACGCCAUUUUUGCCUCUGGAACACAAGUGGCCCAGUUCGACCCCAUGAUCCUCGUGCCAGCCAUGGCCGCAGUCACAAAGUCCGUCUCCUUUGGCAUCACCGGAAGCACAAGCUACCUCAACCCUUAUAUAUUGGCGAGGACGUACAGUGGCAUGGAUCACUUGUCCAACGGUCGCGUUGCCUGGAACGUGGUUACAAGCUGGUCCAAGAGCGCAGCCCGGGCUUUGGGACAGCAAGAUGUCGUUCCCCAUGACGAACGAUAUGCUGUAGCUCACGAAUACAUGGAUGUCUGUUACAAGCUUUGGGAAAGCUGCUGGGCCAAUGACGCGCAAGUGUGGGACGCAGAACGCCGUGUCGCCUAUGACCCGGCCAAGAUUCGCACGAUUCACCACAAGGGCAAAUACUUUGACAUUGAAGGGGCUCAUCAAACCCACCCAUCUCCCCAGCGAACGCCAUUGAUUUUCCAGGCCGGUUCAUCCAAGGCCGGGCAAGGUUUUGCCUCGAAGCAUGCCGAGGCCAUCUUCAUUGGCGGAUUGAUCCCCAAGCACACGACUGAGGCUGUGAGGCAAAUUCGUCUCUCGGCGAAAGAGAUUGGCCGGGAUCCCAACUCCAUCAAGAUCUUUGCCUCCAUGAACCCAAUCCUAGGUCGCACGCUCGAGGAAGCGGAAGCCAAGUACCAGAGAGCACUCCAGAACGCCGACAUUGUCGGUGCAUUGGCCCAGUUUGGUGGCUUCACCGGACUGGAUCUGUCCAAGUACCCGCUCGACGAGCCCUUUCAGCUUACUGGAAAGCCUGACGAGAACACGGUUCAGUCUCUGAUACGGGAUUUUCAGGGCGGUGCCGGAGACGAUGGCUCCGAGGUCUGGACGCCCCGUCGCCUCGGAGAAUGCAUGUGCUUUGGCGGCUUGCACCCAGCCCCCGUUGGUACGGCGGCCAUGAUUGCCGACAAGAUGCAAGAAUGGGUGGAUAUUGCGGAUGUGGACGGUUUCAACCUUUCUUACACGAGCAACCCCAGCAGCUUUGAGGAUAUUGUCGAACUACUAGUCCCUGAACUACAACGGCGCGGCAUGUACUGGGACGACUAUGCUGUUCCAGGUGGUACUCUUCGUGAGAACAUGAAUGGGGUGCCGGGAAUGAGCAGGCUCCGGGAUGACCAUUAUGGCAGCAAAUUCAAAUACGACAGGUAUGAGGCAGAAGUAGAGAUUUCUGCCAAACCGUAA